AUGUCCAAUGACUUCUGGGCUGGCUACCUCAGCGGAGCCAUUGGCAUCGUUAUUGGGAAUCCCCUUGACCUAGUCAAAACCCGUCUGCAGGCGGGGCAAGCUGCUCUCGGAUCACUUAGAUCUCCGCAGGCUUUGAGCAGCCAUUUUGAUACUUCAUCUUCACUUGUUCGAGGUGCAACGGCUCCCAUACUCGGAUACGGUGCCCUCAAUGCUAUCCUCUUCGUUGCCUACAAUCGGACUUUGAUGAAUAUUGCCUCGCAUCCUGUACCCGAUCCGACCGACCCCGUAGGCGUCCCUCUGUAUCAGAUAUGGAUUGCCGGUGCUGUGGGAGGGCUUGCGAGCUGGGUCAUCUCCUCCCCAACGGAGUUGGUAAAAUGUCGUGCCCAGCUUGCUUCACACCAAUCGGUAUCAUCAUGGACUGUGACGAAGGAUAUCUGGAGAAGGAGAAGGUUUAGGGGACUAUACUAUGGGGGCGGUGUUACAAGUGUCCGAGACUCCGUGGGAUAUGGAUUCUAUUUCUGGUCCUACGAGUUAUGCAAACGCCUCAUGACGACUCCAGAUGAAAGCUACCAGCAAGCAGCGGCGAAGAUCCUUUUAUGUGGCGGAAUUGCUGGCAUUGUCACAUGGGCAUCUAUAUUCCCGCUGGAUGUUAUCAAGACACGUCUUCAGGCACAAGGGUCACCCGGGAUGCUGCUCCCUGGGAUCCCACCUGAAAGGCAAAUGCUAUUGCGGACUUCUACCAGUAGUGAUGGACAGAUAUUGGGCACUUUUGGAAUAGCGAAGCAAGCAUAUCGUACGGAAGGCCUUAAGAUAUUCUAUCGUGGAUUAGGGGUGUGCAGUUUGCGAGCCUUUAUAGUGAAUGCUGUACAGUGGGCGACGUACGAAUGGAUCAUGAAGUUCCUCAACCGACCGCCAAUGCACAGCUGA